AUGGCGCGUCGCCUGGCGCUCUUUGCGCUCUUGGCGUGUCUCGUGAGCGCGCUCCAUCCGCCUCCAAGACCCGCAGACCUCUCCAUCUCCGAAUCAGACGACCCCUUUGCCUUUUGGGACGAUUACGACGAAUCUCCAGAGUUCGUACCUGUCCAAGCAUCCAUCCCUAAAAACAGACCCAAAGUGAUUAUACGAAGCAAAAUACCAAAAGUUAAUGUAACUAUGAAAAAAAGUGAUAAAAAUAAAGUGAUUAAGACUACUAUAAAAAUUGAAAGUCAUACGAACUUUAUUGUGACAAGGCGAACACCAGUGAAUAGUAAAAUUACGCGGUCCCCUUCAAAAAAAGUGGUGUCAGAUCAAGAGUUGUGGGUGGAUAUCAAUGCAUCAACGCCGAGGAGUACCUCAAAAAAACCAAAUGUUCGGAGGACUACUACAAGUCGGACUACUUCAACCAAACGUCAAACGACAAAGCAGCCUCGCAGAACUACUCGCAGCCAGCACACUACGGUAUUACGGCAGACGCCUAAACGGAAAUAUAAUUUGGUAUCAAAGAGUACAAAGGCGCCAAAGAAAAGUCCAUGUCCACCAAAACACUCCGGGUACAAGUCGACUGCGUUAGAAGAUGUUAAAGAUAAAAGGCCGUCUACACAAAAUAAUUCAGGUAUUUUUACAAGAAUUUAUAAAUGGAUCGUUGGGUCGAAGACAUCUUGGUUUAGUGGGGGAUGGUUUCAGCCAGAUAUCGAAGCUCCGUCCAGAAGCACGACACCAGUCCCCCCCAGUACUUCAACUGGGAACUGGUUUCAAUUAUUUCUGGAUUCGGAGGAUAACGAUAAUGCCCAUUCAACUAAUGGGGUCAAUAUAAAGAAGUCGGAUAAAAAGGUAGUGAGAAAAAAUUACAAAGGUUAUCAACUCCUUCGAUCAUACCCCGAUACGCAAUGGAAAAUACGAUCCCUGAUAGACCUACAGGAAGAGGGAGAAGGGUCAGGUUUAAUGUGGUGGACUCUACCUUCUCUCAAUGGCUCCACAGAUCUGCUCGUUCCCCCAGAUCUCUUAGUAGACGUAAAAGAUCACUUAAAAUCCUCUAACGUCGACUUUGAAGUUAUUAUCUGGGACCUACAGAAAGCCAUUAUGUAUGAGAACCCGAAACUUUCGAAGAAACAACGACUGGAAUUAGUUCAAUUGAGAGGACAUCCGAUGACCUGGAGGCGAUAUCAUCGCUACGCUGACAUCCUGAGAUAUUUAGAGUAUUUGCAACUUUCCUAUUCUGAUAUUGUGGAGCUGGUCCCGCUGGGACGCUCUUCGGAAGGAUUGCCUUUAGUUGUAGUAAAGAUAUCAUUACCAACAAAUGAAACAAUGACGAAGGCUUCCAACACCAAAGAGCAGAAGAAGAAGUGGAAGCUUCGUUCAUACACAAAACCAGCUAUUUGGAUAGAUGGCGGUUCCCACGCAAGAGAGUGGAUCGCUCCAGCUGUGGCUUCUUGGUUAAUACAUAAUUUAGUUGAAGGAGAAAAAGACUCGGGCAUAGAUUAUGAAGUGCUAAAAGUGGCAGAUUUCUACAUAAUGCCGGUGUUAAACCCCGACGGAUAUGAGCAUUCGCACACUCACGAUCGCCUCUGGAGGAAAACAAGAUCGCGGUUGUCUGACUCCGACGAUUACGGCGGCUGGCUACCAUGGAACUGGGGACGUACCGAUUGUGUGGGUGUGGACGCUGACCGCAACUGGGAUUAUCAUUGGAGGGAAAAGGAUUCUUCACAGGACCCUUGCUCGGACAAUUAUGCCGGCCCUCAUCCAUUUAGCGAGCCUGAAACUAGAGCUGUUUCAGAAUUCUUGGCCGAACAUAGGGGCCAAAUUAAGGUCUACCUAUCUCUUCAUGCGUAUUCACAAUCGUGGCUUCUACCAAGUUCUCAUGCUUACACAUCGUACUCCGAUGACGGCGUUCUUAUGGAAAUGGGCAAACUGGCUACAACCGCUUUGGCAGAUAUGUAUGGUACGAAAUAUAAGGUUGGAACAGCUGCAGAUAUUCAGCAACCAGCGUCUGGUAUGUCCCACGAUUGGGCCAAAGCUCGGGCAGGAAUUAAAUUCUCAUACCACGUCGAUCUUCGGGACUCUUACGGUCCUUAUGGAUUUUUACUGCCAGGCUCACAAAUAGUCUCUACGGCGAGAGAAAUAUGGCAGGCAAUAAAAGCUAUUGUAGACAAUUUAUCGUCUUGA